AUUCUUCACAACUUAUACUUCAAAUGGAUUAUCACACCAAUAACAUAUCUAAUCUAUUAACUUCUUUGUUCCUUUUAGUGUUAUCCCCGGUGGUUUUAUGCACUAGACAACACCGGUUUGAUAGCCCUAAAAGGAGCUUGUUGGCCAGCGAGCAAGAUUUAGUUACAGAUUUGCCUGGACAGCCUGAUGUGAGUUUCAGACAUUAUGCCGGUUAUGUCCCUGUCGAUAAAUCUAACGGGAGAGCUAUGUUUUAUUGGUUCUUUGAGGCCAUGGAUCUCCCCAAAGAGAAACCCCUAGUCCUCUGGCUUAAUGGAGGUCCAGGUUGUUCUUCUGUGGGAUAUGGGGCAACACAAGAAAUUGGUCCUUUUCUCGUGGACACCAACGGACACGGACUUAACUUUAAUCCAUACGCAUGGAAUAAAGAGGCCAACAUGCUGUUUUUAGAAUCUCCCGUCGGUGUUGGCUUUUCGUAUUCAAACACAAGUAGCGAUUAUCAAAAACUUGGAGAUGACUUUACAGCAAGAGACGCAUACACCUUUCUUUGCAACUGGUUCGAGAAAUUCCCUGAACACAAAGGCAACACCUUCUAUAUCGCCGGUGAAAGCUAUGCAGGAAAAUACGUACCCGAGCUAGCAGAGGUUGUGUACGAUAACAAUAACAAUAAGAAUGGUUCAUCGCUUCACAUCAAUCUUAAGGGUAUUUUGUUAGGGAAUCCGGAGACAUCAGAUGCAGAAGAUUGGAGAGGUUGGGUGGAUUACGCAUGGAGCCAUGCAGUGAUAUCGGACGAGACGCAUAGGAUCAUAACCAGGACAUGCAAUUUCAGCAGCGACAACACUUGGAGCAACGAUGAGUGCAAUGAGGCCGUAGCGGAAGUUCUCAAGCAGUACCAUGAGAUAGACAUCUAUAGCAUCUAUACCUCAGUUUGCAUAGGAGAUUCUUCAAGAUCUUCUUACUUUGAUUCAUCCCAAUUCAAAACAAAUUCUCGCAUUAGCUCUAAGAGGAUGCCACCGAGGCUCAUGGGUGGAUAUGAUCCGUGCUUAGAUGAUUACGCGAGAGUAUUUUACAACAGAGCAGAUGUUCAGAAGUCUCUUCAUGCAAGUGAUGGAGUUAAUCUUAAGAACUGGAGCAUUUGCAACAUGGAGAUCUUUAAUAAUUGGACUGGUUCAAAGCCAUCAGUUUUGCCGAUUUACGAGAAACUCAUCGCCGGAGGAUUAAGAACAUGGGUUUAUAGUGGUGACACUGACGGAAGAGUACCAGUACUUGCCACUCGGUAUAGCUUAAGCGCACUUGAAUUACCCAUCAAGACAGCUUGGAGGCCAUGGUACCAUGAGAAACAGGUAAGUGGAUGGCUUCAAGAAUACGAAGGUUUAACGUUUGCUACGUUUAGAGGAGCUGGACAUGCGGUGCCUUGCUUCAAACCAAGCAGCUCUCUCGCCUUUUUCUCGGCGUUUCUCAGCGGAGUCCCUCCUCCGCCGUCGCGGUAGAUAAGCAAGUCAACGACUAAUAAGAUGGUUUAGUAAUCUAAUUAAUGAGUAUUUUUGAAAGAUUUUGGGUUUUGUUUCGUUAACUUAUCAGACACGGGAUAGGGAGAAAAACAUGUAAGAGAGAAGUUGUAUGUGACUUGUUACAUUCUAUGAGAUGAUGAUCAUAAUGAUCAAAAGAAACCUUUCAACACUUUUAAGAUUAUGUUCAAAUGAAAAAUAAAUAGUUUUUGGUGCAAUAUCAUAGAUCCAAGCACUU